AUGAACCAGGGCAAGGGAUUCUUCAGAACCGAAAACCAUGCACUCUCCCCAGUUGGCAAAGAGGACGUUCUGGACGAGGACACAGUGAAGCUGAAGGUUGCGCUGAGGGUAGCCCGCCAGGACCUCACCAAAGCUCAAGUGGACCUGAACACCAUGCAGGCAAACUACGGAGAUGUGGUGCCCAGAAGGGACUUUGAACUGCAGCAACAAAAAUACAAUGAUUUGGAUGAUAAAUUGUCAACUCUUCAAAAAGAUUUUGAUGACCUUCAGGAGGAAUAUGACAUCAUGUUGGAUAUACACAAACAAGUUGCAGAGGACCGAGAUCGCUACUUCAAUGACCUCAUCAAUGUCCAGCGGACGUCUACACCUCGCCCCGACUGGAGCAAAUGUGGAGAUGUGGUUCUUGGUGGAAAUGAACGCUGGAAUAACUUGUCGGUGGGCAAAACAAGCGACCAGCUGCUCGAUGUGCUUUUGGAGGAAAUUGGCGGGGGUCUCCUAAGAGAGCGGGAUACCUUCAUCGGGCGGGGAAGAAGCGAAAAGGUUCCCCCAUAUCUGAGAUGUGAUGGCGUGGUUAGAAACAAGAAGCUGUCCAAGAAGGAAGUCGUGGCUCUUUUGAGGGAGAUCUGGAAGGAGAAAAUUAUAUCAGAUCAACAGAUGGAUGAAGGAGUAUAUCACAAUCACCUCCUGGAACUUAACAACUUGUUAAAAGAACUGACUAUUGCCGAUACCGAAAAUACCGGCCAGUUGUCAGAAGAGCAAUUCCUCUUUGCCUUGAAGUCAGCUUUUCCACUAAAAUCAGACGAAGAGAUCCUAGAGUUACUUGAUGCAGCCGGCUUCAGAUCAAACGUUCAUAGUAUUAUGUACAAGCUGUUAUUCUUGGAG